AAAGAAUAGUUGAAAAGGAGGAGUGAUAAAUGAAGAUGGAAAAAAUGAAAAGCUCUUUAAAAGUGCCACAGGACAUGCAGUGUGAGGUGGACAUGGAUCUUCUUUGCUGGGGAAGUGGGGAGCUUGGACAAACUGGGCACGGCAGGCCAGAGGUCAUUCCUCCAGAGGAGGCACUUCUGAAAGAGUUUGCAACAUCUGGGCUGGGCAGUGUAAAGCUGCUUGCAUGUGGAUCCAGUCACUCUGUUGUGGUUACAGUGGAUAACAAGAUCUUUGCAUGGGGAAAUGGCACCAGUGGACAGCUGGGUAAUGGAGAGAGGGCAGUAAAAAAACAGCCAGUCGAAGUCAAAUUGCCACAGGAACUAAACGUCAGAGGAAGUCACCUAGAUGGGAAUUUUGCCAAUGUAGUUGGCAUAGCCUGUGGAAGCCGACACUCCUUCAUAUGGACCGAAACUGGGCAGGUCUACAGUUUUGGGAACAACUUUUAUGCUCAGCUAGGCUAUGACUUCCAGAGGGCUGACUUCAAAGAGAACCAGCUGGCACCGUGUUUGUUCCAGAAUCUUCCAUCAUCUCUGAAAAUAUCUCAAGUGGCCUGCGGAGAGCGACACACUCUGUUUGCUCUGGAGGAUGGCAGUGUGGCGGCAUGUGGCCAAAAUGAUUAUGGACAAAUUGGCAGCGGUUCUAAUGAAAAUGCAGUUGUUCCCCGCUUUGUGGAGCGUGUGGACCAUGUGUCGAAGGUCACCUGUGGGGCAAACCAUAAUCUUGCACUGACAGGUGAUGGGAAAUUGUUUCAGUGGGGAUGUGGACGGUCAUGUGGAAGCACAAAGGGAAACAUCCUGUCCCCAGAGGAAGUGACGCUACCAGAUUCGCCAGUGAAAGACAUUGCUGGUGGAUGUUGGCACAGCCUUCUUCUAACAGAUGGUGGGAAUGUCUUCUCCUGGGGGAUGGGGCAAGAGGGACAGCUUGGACUCGGAGAGGACAGACUGCACGUAUCGACUCCUAGCCUUCUCAACUCUUCACAGCUUUCUGAGGUCUCGCAGAUACGAGCUGGGGACAGCUACAGUGCAGCUGUCACAGCAGGUGGAGAUCUGCUUCUCUGGGGUCAGAUCCCCUGUGUUUCCCGGGUCACAUAUCAUGCAGGCCCCAAAGGGCUCUCGACCCCCCAGCCUUUUCCACUAGCUGGCCGAAAGGUGAUCAGUGUUGCCUGUGGUGCAUGGCACAUCAUGGCUCUCACCACAAAGAGCAGAAAGAAGAACAGACAGUGUGCUCACCCAGAAACUCAAACUCACUUCAGAGACCUUCCUCACUUCAGAGACCUUGUCAGAAAACCCUCACCAAUAGAGCACACAGAGAAAGAAAACACGGCACAGGGCUCCAGACAUGUCAAACACAAACUGGUUCAAGGUUCGGAAAGUCCAGAAGGCUUUGAGGAGCAAGAGACAGAUGAAGAAAGUGAAAGUGCAGAGGAAAAAGAAAGACAUGAACAAAAACCAUACACAGAUGAGGCAAUGUCUGCAACAGAAACGGAUGGGACAGGAAGUGGCCACUCAUCAAUCAAAUCCAAGCAGGGGGAUGAUACAGAGGGUUGUCAGACAGCAGUGCGGUUUGAGCCAAGGAGCAGAACAUGCAGAAAUAGUCAAGGCAGUCUUCACGUAGUCUUCACUACACUGCAUCUUUUACCUAGGUCAGACGGCAAGCAAUGCAGGCCCACUGCUGGCACUCUCCCCCAGCUAUCAAAGGGACAACAAGCUCAAAGCAGAAUUUCAUCUGGGGCUCAAAAGAGAAGAUCAUAUCUGACCAAAUCAGUCCAAAAAUCUGAAGGCGGCAGCAGCAUUUUGCAGAGCCCCGAGCUCAGGCCUGCACCCAGACCUCCUGUGAAGUGUCCUGGAACUCAAUUUGUAACCUCUUGUCACCAUCCAAGAACGGGACCACACAGUGGCCUUAAGUCUUCCAUUUACAGAUCUUCUUCAAUCUCUAGCUCUGGACAGCAAGUUCACACAUUCCCUUCCUCCCAUUUGAGAUUGCAGGUUGAAACCUCUCUUUCUCAAACUCCUCCUUCAUCUAAGCCAUUUAAAAAGUGCUCUGCAAACAGAAGACAAGCUUUUUCCUUUGGCAUUACUCCAAGAAUUCACAGGUCUACUUCUGCCCACCAGUGAACCAAGUGAAUAUGUAUGCAACUUUUUUUUGUUAUCCUAAACAUGUAUAUUUCUUAACCAAAAGCCGCAAAAAAAAUCACUGGCUAUGGAAUUGUGCUCUCUGUUAUCUACUUGAUAAUGGAUGUAAAGCUAAAUAUUUUUGCUUGCAAAAACAACCUUCUGCUCUGGAGGAGCUCUCCAAAACAGAGUCCAGAUGAGCAUUAAUAGGGUCCAAUUUACCCCUGUGAUCACACAUUCUGAUUUGGCAAGUACGUUCCUCCGAUAAGCCAUCUCAGUCAACAACACUCCUGAAACUUGACCUUAUUUGAAGGCAUUAGACUUUUGUCUAAUGCCCUACAGUCAAAACCGUGUGUAGAAAAUGCUGAGACCUUGAAUCACAUCAUUUCAACAGAACUUGAGAAGGUUGUUUCUUACCCUACACACUGCGCCACAUUCAUUUUAAUGCUUACAGUAUGUUGUUUAUUAAAGACAUAACGCCUUCUCGGAUCUUGGCCUCUUGUAAGACAUUUUCACGGUGAGGCAUUUUCAUGGCUGUCCGUCUCUUCGGUAUGAGUCACAUGUGUUUGCCACUGUGGCUCUUUUCAGUUUGAGGAAAUUGAUUUGUUGCACAGAUAAUGUGAGCUUGCUCUUUGUCUUUGUUGUCUUGUUUCAUGUCUGUCAGUGUGUCCUUUAAUAUUGUGGUAUGCAAACUGGAUCUUUAACUAAAUGCUUAGUGCAAAACCUUUUAUCAUCCACCUUUAAAAACACCUGUCUGUCAUGUAACAAGUUGGCUUUUUUUUUUUUAGUUGUAUUCAGUUAUUGUAAGUUGUGAUUUUUGUUGUAACAAGAAAUUGUUUGUAAGGAAAGGGUUUGUUAGUUUUAAUUGCCACUCCUGGGUUGCGUUUUUUUUGUUAAUUUUUUUGUUUGUUUGUUUUUUCUUUACCUAUG